AUGUAUGGGGGUUUCCUGGGCUGGCUAUUAAAUGCUUUCAGACAGAAGGGUGUGUCCCUGACCAUUGUUUGUCCAAGAAACUUGGACUGCAAGUUGUUGAAGAGGUGGCUGCACAGCAUAAAAAACCAUGUAUACUGGAGUGCGACGAGCACAACCUCGGGGCCGGAGAAGGUGGCAAGGUGGACGUCAGUCGUCAACCACCUACAAAACAUUCACGUGCACGACGACCCCCUAUUCCCCAAGUGUGAACAUCCUGAAAGAGCCACAACAGAUGCAAAUAAAUGGCUAAAACCUGAUUCAAUAACACUCCACAAAGUUGAGAAAAUACUCAACAACACGAGAGUUCUCAAAGAUGUGAAAAAGCUAAGCCAUCACUACCAGACCUCAUCGCUGGAGUCGUUCCACAGCUUAAUUCUGCGUUUUGCCCCCAAAAAUGUGGUUUUCCCCUUCAUGGGAAUGUUGUGCAGGUUGUGUCUAGCAGCCAUGCAUCACAAUGAGAAUGCUGACCGUGAGCAAGCCACAACAGCUGCAGGACUACCUGUGUACAAAUUGGCCUAUCCAAAAGCAAGGAGGGGAGAAUGUACCGCAAAGCCUGUAAAGAAGGACCCUACAUACAUGUACGUGGGUGAGCUGAUGAGGCUGGUGUUUGAAGAAGUAUUUGAGGAUCCAACACCCUUUGUGGAGGAGAUGAAUAAAAUCCCCAUCCCAAAGGACCUGUCCACUCAAUUUGACAGGCCCUCAAAGGAGGAAGUGGUAGCCCGCCAUGUCUCACGUUUUAGUCAAGGGGCGGUCGGAAGCCAACAUAGUGUCCUGCCAGAUCAGGAAACUCCCGGCCUCAGUGUGUAG